AUAGUGACAUUUCAAGCCGUGAUAUCAUUAAUUAUUCAUACAUAAAUGGUCAUGGUGUUUGUUACAUCUCCAAUUUGGAUAGACACCAUUGACAGCAAGAUUAAAGUGCUCUGAUGCCAAUGCCCUAAGCAAAAGGACAAGAUCCUCCUCAAAGGCAUUAGAUGGCAGCGACAACAACAACAACAACAAGUGCAGCAGCAACAACAUCUCUCCUCAAAUUACAAAACCAACCCAUCAAACCCAAACGUCGCAAGUGCCGAGAAACCACCAUCUCCACCUCUGCCCAGGCCCAGGCCCAGGCCCAGGACACUCCCUCUCCCAGUCCAUCCUCGGACUACAGGAUUCGGUUCUCGCCGGGGCGGUGCUCCCCAAUCAUGGACUUCAUCCAGGCAUCCCCAACGGGCAGCAACGGGCACUCGGACCCCUUCCCUUCCAGCUUCACGAAAUUCAACUCCGCACUGACGGCGGGCCUCCUGAACCCAAUGUCCCCUCCGCCCGACAAGACCCGAUCCAGCCCCACACUCUUCGAGAUGAUGGCCAGCGAGCCCGACACUGCGAGCCACCACAGGCCUCACUCUCAGUCUCAGAUCCAACCCCCUAAAUCCCAUGUUCCCGUUCUCGACAGGCAAACCCUAAUGAUGCAGCGGAUUUCGGAGCUUUUGGGGUCUCGCAGCCCCGGCAACCAGUUCAACGACGCCGUUUCCAGUGACAUUAAGCUCACUCUCACCUCCAAGGAUGGCUUUAGUGUAUCCAUGAACGUUCAUCGCCAAAUUCUUGUUGCCCACAGCAGGUUCUUCGCCGUCAAGCUCUCUGACAGGUGGACCAAGCAGAACCCUAGGCCAACUACGCCCUACUUGGUCGAGAUCGCUGACUGCGACGACGUUGAGGUUUACAUUGAGACCUUGAGCCUUAUGUACUGCAAUGAUAUCAGGAAGAGGCUCAUGAAGGAGGAUGUCUCCAAGGUUUUGGGUAUCUUGAAGGUUUCGGCUGCAAUUGGAUUUGAUGCUGGGGUUUUGUCUUCUUUGGAGUAUUUGGAAGCGGCACCAUGGGCAGAGGAUGAAGAGGAGAAGGUUGCCUCCCUCUUGUCUGAGCUUCGUCUUGAAUCUGUUGGAGCCGGGGAUGUUUUGAAGAGGGUUUCGACUGAAGUGGCAAAUGGCAACGAAGAGGGGGGUGAUAACGAGGAAGUUCUUCUGAAGCUUAUUCGUGUGGUUCUUGAAGGCAAAGAUGAGAAGGCCAGGCGUGAGAUGAAAGGCCUGGUGUCAAAGAUGCUUCGUGAGAAUUCGUCCCAGAAUGACCUACGGAAAGAGUCAUUGUACUUGGCAUGUGAUGAUUGUAUGCAAUUACUUCAUCACCACUUUUUGAAGGCUGCAGCUUCAGACCUGAAGGAUGUGGGUCAAAUCGCAAGACAGGCUGAUAAUUUGCAUUGGCUUUUGGAUAUUUUAAUUGAUAGACAGAUUGCUGAGGAUUUCCUGAAGACAUGGGCUUCUCAGUCAGAAUUAUCUGAAGCACAUUCUAAAGUUCCAUCAGUUCACAGGUUUGAGGUUAGCAGAGUCACCGCUAGGUUGUUUGUUGGGAUCGGGAAGGGGCAAUUAUUGGCUUCUAAAGAUGUCAGGUGUUUACUUCUGAAAACAUGGCUGGUGCCCUUUUAUGACGACUUUGGUUGGAUGAGGAGGGCAUCCAAAGGCCUUGACAGGAACCUAAUCGAGGAUGGUCUUAGUAACACAAUUCUCACUCUGCCACUGUCCUGGCAGCAGGAUAUUUUGCUUGCUUGGUUUGACCGCUUCUUGAAUUCUGGAGAAGAUUGCCCAAAUAUUCAAAGAGGAUUUGAAGUUUGGUGGAGAAGAGCUUUCUGGAAGCGGAAUGGAGAGCAAGAACAGACAAGACAAUUACGAAUUACAGCUACAACAGUUGAUAAUCCUUGAAGACAGACAGUCCCAGCACGGUGGAAUUGACAGCAUUUUACUGGUUACAUGGAAGAAAUAAGAGUUCAUGUGCUAUCAAUUUAAUUUAGUGGACGAGAUUUCAUGUUUAACUGGCUACCGCAAGGUGGGGCUGGUCGUCUAAAGUUUCUACUUUGUGCGAGAGACUAUACUAAGCAAAGCAGCUGCUGAUGUUGACAAAGGGGUCCAUGAUGAGACUGGUUUCUUUCAGGGUGGAGCAUCGAAUAGCUUUGGAAGCCAUGCAGAUGAUCAUGAAUAAUAUACUUACAAAUUUAAAUGUCUUCCCAUGCGAAUUAAUUUUUGUUGGCUAUCGAGUGAGAAUGAGUAUAGAGUGUUGUAUAGGAAUAACUUGGAUGGUGGUUUAGCUGCGAGAGCGUAACUUGUUUCUUUAUUGCGGAUGAUGGAUGCUUUCUUUUCCCCCCUUAUUUCUUGCUUUCAACACAAGUAUGAGAGAUCCGAGAACUCCACCAUUUGGUUCAUUUAUGGGAUUUUGUAUAUUGUUUAAGCAAGUAACAGGACUGUGGGGCAUUUCGUUUGGGCGUGGA